UAGAGAGGCUGGUCUGUCUGGACACAGAGCUUUCCACAAAGAGACAAAGUCACUGAAUUGGCUUUCUCUGCCAGGGCUGGGCUGGGUGACUGACCCACCUUGCUCGCCUGCAUCAUGUUGAGCUCCAGAGAUGCCAAACAGAGCCUGGGCCUCAAGAGUGUCCGAUGGAAAAGCGCCAGCACCCAAGACAAGCUGGAUGCGCCGGCUCCAGGAGAAAAAGAACCAGCCAGUACCGUGCGGAGGCCCUGCCCGAAGUACCCUUCAGCAGUCUAUGCAGGUGGCAAGAAGGAGGCUGAAGGCUGGAGAGACUGGCACUAUCAUCAGGGAGAAAUUGACUUCAUUGGCUCUGGAAAGAAACAUGCAAAGUUCCUGAGGGUGCCCAGCACCCUGCCCCCCAGCAUCCUCUUCGAGUUCAUGGUCAGUGAGUGGCACCUGCCCACGCCCAACCUGGUCAUCUCGCUGGUGGGCGAAGAGCGGAACUUCCCCAUGAAGCCUUGGCUCCGAAACAUCUUGCGGAAGGGGCUGGUGAAGGCCAUGCAGAGCACAGGGGCAUGGAUAUUCACCAGCGCCCUGCGGGUGGGCCUGGCCAGGCAUGUUGGACAGGCAGUUCGAGACCAUUCUCUGGCCAGCACAUCCACCAAAGUGAGGGUGAUCACCAUUGGGAUUGUAUCACUGCCCAGAGUCCUGCACAAGGAGGUUUUGGACAACUCUCAGAACGAGAACCCAAUCCCCUACAAGUCGGAUGACAACAGCCAAGGCACCCUCUACUCCUUGGACAGCAACCACUCCCACUUCAUCCUGGUGGACCCCCUGCUGGAUAGAGGCCCAGCCUCAGCCAGAGCCGCUGGGCACGGAGACCCAACCACCAGGCUCAGGCUCCUGCUGGAAAAGCAUAUCUCAGAGCAGCGCACGGGCUAUGGAGGAAAAGGCAGCAUUGAGAUCCCUGUACUUUGUCUACUGGUCAAUGGUGGCCCAUGCGCCCUAGAGCAAAUUUUCCAGGCAGUGGAGAACUCUGCCCCUUGGCUGAUCCUGGCGGGGUCAGGCGGCAUGGCGGACAUCAUCGCAGCCCUGAUGAGCCAGCCCCACCUCAUUGUGCCCCAAGUGACGGAGAAACACUUUAAGGAGAAAUUCCCCACUGCAAACUUCUCCUGGGAGGACAUCCUCCACUGGACGGAGCUGCUCCAGGCCAUCACUGCCCAGCAGCACCUCCUCACUGUCCAUGACUUCGAGCAAGAUGGCUCCGAGGAGCUGGACACAGUCAUCUUGAAGGCGCUAGUGAAAGCCUGUAAGAGCCACAGCCAGGAGGCCCAGGAGUACCUGGAUGAGCUGAAACUGGCCGUGGCCUGGAACCGCAUCGACAUCGCCAAGAGCGAAAUCUUCAGCGGGGAUGUGGAGUGGAAGUCCAGUGACCUGGAGGAGGUGAUGAUGGAUGCCCUGGUGAAUGACAAGCCGGAGUUCGUGCGGCUCUUUGUGGACAACGGUGCCAGCGUGCCCGACUUUCUGACGUACGGGCGGCUGCAGGAACUGUAUCGGGCGGUCCCCCAGAAGAGCCUCCUCUUCCACCUGCUCCUCAGGAAGCACGAGGAGAGCAAACUGACCCUAGCCGGGCUGGGGUGUGGGCAGCCAGGCAAGGAGCCGCUGGGGGAGCCCCCCUCAUUCUCCCUCCACGACGUGGCCCGCGUCCUCAAGGACUUCCUCCAUGAUGCCUGCCGGGGCUUCUACCAGGACAACAGGCUGGCCAGCUGCAGGAGGGCUGACAAAGUGACCACCAAGCGCCUUGGUGGGCCAAAGUGGGCCCUGGACCUGACCCGGAGGAGCACGGCACCCUGGAGGGACUUAUUCUUGUGGGCUGUGCUCCAGAAUCGGCACGAGAUGGCCAACUACUUCUGGACCAUGGGGCAGGAGGGUGUGGCUGCCGCCCUGGCUGCUUGCAAGAUCCUCAAAGAAAUGUCCCACCUGGAGACCGAGGCCGAGGUGGCCCGGAGCAUGAAGGAAGCCAAUUAUGAGCAUCUGGCUUUGGGUCCUGAGGCCCACCUUUUGGGAGCCAGAGAGCGUCUAAAGGAAGGCAUCCAGGAGCCUGUGUGUUACAUUAGGGUGUGUGGAAGGGCCCAGAGAGGAGGAGACUGGGGAACCUGGAGGAGAGUCCAGCCCGGCCAGCUGUGCGUAGCCUGGGGUGUCAAACCAAAGCUCUUCAGUGAGUGUUACAACAACAGUGAGGACAGAGCCUUUGCCCUGCUGGUGAGAAAGAACCAGGACUGGAGCAAGACCACUUGUCUGCACCUGGCCACUGAGGCUGACACCAAGUCCUUCUUUGCCCACGAUGGUGUCCAGGCCUUUUUGACCAAAAUCUGGUGGGGAGACAUGGCCACGGGCACCCCCAUCCUGAGGCUGAUCUGUGCUUUUUGCUGCCCCCUCCUCAUCUACACCAACCUGAUUACCUUCAGUGAGGAGCUUCCUCUGAGGAGCAGGCUGGAGCCCUUCCGAGAGCUGGACAGCCUGGACACAGAGAAGCUGCUGCUUUUCUCCUCCCCCAGCAUCAGGAGGGACGAGCCAUCAGAAGGGAGGAGGGCUGGGGGGGCCUGGGCCGAGGCCAGCCCUUUCCUGCUGUCCCGGUGGAAGAAGUUCUGGGGGGCUCCCGUGACCGUGUUUCUGGGGAACAUGGUCAUGUACUUUGCCUUUCUCUUCCUGUUCACCUACGUGCUCCUGGUGGACUUCCAGCCCCCUCCAGGAGGCCCCUCGGGGCCCGAGGUGGCCCUCUACUUCUGGGUCUUCACUCUGGUGCUCGAGGAAGUCCGGCAGGGUUUCUUCACAGAUGAAGACAGCAACCUCCUGAAGAAAUUCAAGGUAUAUGUGGAGGACAACUGGAAUAAGUGCGACAUGGUGGCCAUCUUCCUCUUCAUUGUGGGUGUCACCUGCAGGAUGCUGAGCUCCACAUUCGAGGCCGGCCGGACCGUGCUGGCCAUGGACUUCAUGGUGUUUGCCCUAAGACUCAUUCACAUCUUCGCCAUUCACAAGCAGCUGGGGCCCAAGAUCAUCAUUGUGGGGAGGAUGAUGAAAGACGUCUUCUUCUUUCUCUUUUUCCUGACCGUGUGGCUCAUUGCUUAUGGGGUCACCACGCAAGCCCUGCUCCACCCCAGAGACAGCCGCUUGGAGUGGAUCUUCCGGAGGGUCCUCUACAGGCCCUACUUGCAAAUGUUCGGGCAGAUCCCCCUGGAUGAGAUUGAUGAGGCUCGGGUCAACUGCUCGACUCACCCCCUGCUGCUGGAGAACUCCCCCUCGUGCCCCAACCUCUACGCCAACUGGCUGGUCAUCCUGCUCCUGGUCACCUUCCUGCUGGUCACCAACGUGCUGCUCAUGAACCUGCUGAUUGCCAUGUUCAGCUACACCUUCCAAGUGGUCCAGGGCAAUGCAGACAUCUUCUGGAAGUUCCAGCGCUACAACCUCAUCGUGGAGUACCACAAGCGCCCUGCCCUGGCACCACCCUUCAUUCUGCUCAGCCAUCUCAGCCUCAUCCUCAAAAGGGCCUUUAAGCAGCAAGAGCAUAAGAGGGAACACCUCGAGAGAGACUUGCCUGACAGCUUGGAUCAGAAAAUUGUCACCUGGGAAACAGUCCAGAAGGAAAACUUUUUGGCCAAUCUGGAGAAAAGGAGAAAAGAAAGUACCAGGGAAACAUUAAAAAAAAUGUCCCACAGGGUGGAUUUCAUCAGCCAACACGUGGCGGGCCUGAGAGAACAAGAGAAACGCAUUUGGGCUCUGGAGUCACAAAUCAACUGCUGCACAGUUGUCCUGUCUACCGUGGCGGACACGCUAACCCGGGCCGGCUCCAUGGAGGGCCAGCCACCACCAAACUAUGCAGGUAACAGCAGUGAAGGAGGAGGAGGAGGGCAAAUUCCUCUCCCAGCCCUUGACGUUCCUUUGGCUGUGGCUGACGCAUAUUCUUCACCUGGAGAAGACAGUUUCUCCAGCCUGUGACGUUUCACAUCUAGCAGUUUUGUCUUCACUUGUCAGUCUUCAUGAGCAGGAUCGGCAGUCAGGCAGCUCCAGUCCAAGAAGCAGAGUUAAGAGAGAUGACGGGUCCCGUGCAGGUGUGGAGUCGGAGCCCUGAACCUCCCCUGUCACUCCAUGGCUUUUAGCGUUUGCUGUCAAAUUUACCGGCAUCUUUCUCCUUUUCCAAUUUUAAAAUUAACUUGCUUUGUACUGAGAACUUCAACAAACACGAGUAUUUUAGCAUUCAAAGAGCAAAAAAGGAUUAUAGCUGAAGCCAUGAUCUCCUGAGGCACAGCUGUUUAAAAUGUAUAUUAAAUUUCAAAGGGAAAUA